AUGAGGUCGCAAUCCCCGCUGGGGAAGCAGGACUUGAGGCCUUCUCACAUCCCGUCCCUCAUCCAUUCACGCUCCAACAACGACCUCUACGAUCGCCCGCGAACCCCUCAGCACCAUGGAUUCACAAGCCCGCUGCACACCCCACACGGGAGCCCUAGCAAGAGUCGGCUGCCACCAGGCGCCACAGACCUCCCAAGCAUCUUCGAUAACGCCAUGAAACUCGCGCCGCCGUCACCGACUAAAUCUGUCUUCAAUCUGAGCAAUCUGUCUCCCGGAAAGGGUCAGAUAAGUGGAGGCGAGAACCUGACCACCUUCAACGAGAGCGUCAUUCACAAAACAACCUCUGUGCAGGGCAGCCCGACGCGAAGAGGAAACCAGGAAAAUGCACCGCCAGGUGGAUCGCGCCUGGGCAAGGAACCCGUUCCCAAUUCGAAUCACGCUGCUCUCUCGCGGCAGGAGGCAUAUCAUAAUAACAAAGAGCGUCGGGACCGUAGGAACCCCGCACAGACCAGGGGCUUGACGGCCGAAGAACUGGAGAAAUUGCAGCUACCGGGUGUCAAACGCCUCGCGAAUGUCGCCCAAUUGUAUUUUCUUGAUCAUUAUUUUGAUCUCCUGAGCUACGUGCAUAACCGCCAAACACGUCAAUCGCAGUUCAAAGCCGCCUAUCCCCCUCCGCCUCUCACUUCACGAGUGGAGUACGAAGCUGCGCUCCAAAAGUACUUAGGCAGAGAGCGAGCUCACCUGCGCAAGCGAAGAACUAGACUGCGUCAUGCUGAUUUCCAGAUUCUUACACAAGUCGGGCAAGGCGGUUACGGUCAGGUCUACUUGGCGCAAAAGAAGGAUACUCGUGAAGUCUGUGCGCUGAAGGUUAUGAGCAAAAAGCUCUUGUUCAAGCUGGACGAGAUUAGACAUAUCUUGACCGAACGAGAUAUCCUCACUGCCGCGAAGAGUGAAUGGCUGGUCAAACUUCUUUACGCCUUCCAGGAUGAAGAAAAGAUAUACCUUGCAAUGGAGUAUGUUCCAGGAGGAGAUUUCCGUACCCUGCUCAACAACGCUAGCGUUUUGCAUAAUCGCCAUGCACGCUUUUACAUCGCCGAGAUGAUUCAAUGCGUUGAUGCUCUCCAUGCCCUGGGUUACAUUCACCGCGAUCUCAAACCUGAAAAUUUCCUGAUCGAUUCGACGGGCCACGUGAAGUUGACCGAUUUUGGAUUGGCAGCGGGCAUGCUCAGUCCCGGAAAGAUCGAGUCGAUGAGGAUCAAGCUGGAGGAAGUCGGCAAAACUUCGGUCCCGUUCGGUCGACCCAUGGGCCAGCGCACGGCUGCAGAGAGACGUGAGGGAUACCGGACGCUGAGACAGCGCGAAGUGAACUACGCAAAAUCCAUUGUUGGAUCUCCCGACUACAUGGCACCGGAGGUGCUCAAGGGAGAAGAAUAUGACUUUACCGUUGAUUACUGGAGCUUGGGUUGUAUGCUCUUCGAGGCCCUGGCCGGAUACCCUCCCUUUGCGGGUGCUACUGUCGACGAGACAUGGCAGAACCUCAAGCAGUGGGAGCAAGUCUUGCAGGAACCAGUUUACGACGAUCCAAAUUACUUCCUAUCGAGACGAACCUGGGACUUGAUCACCCGGCUUGUGGCCUCGAAGGAGCGCCGGUUCAAAAACAUCAGGGAAAUUCACAUGCAUGAAUACUUUAUCGAUGUCAACUUCAACAGACUGCGGGACAUGCAGCCUCCGUUCGUUCCCGAACUUGACUCCGAGACGGAUGCGGGCUACUUCGACGACUUUGGCAGUGAAUCUGAUAUGGCUAAGUACAAGGAAGUCCAUGAUAAACAGAGAGCCCUAGAAGAGAUGGCAGAGCGAGGCGAAAAAAUGAGCAAGAGCCUGUUUGUUGGCUUUACCUUCCGGCACCGUAAACCAGCCAUUGGAGGCGACGGACGAACCAGCCUCCGAAAAGCGAUUCCAACGGACGGCUCUUUCGGCACCAUAUUCUAA